AUGGCUUCGAGACCGGUCAAAAUAAAUGAACUACUUUAUUUUGUUAAUAAUAAUUUAAAUUUAUUAGCGAAAGAAUCAUUUAUUAAUAAUACUAGUGAAUUUUAUACUAAUGACGAUAUCGUUUCAGCAAUUAAAACAUUAAAAUGUGAAAUAGAAUCACUAAAGUUAGAAAAAAUAGAAAAAUUUCCCUCGCGCGGGAAUUCAAAACGUGAAAAACUUCUGGAAUGCUUGACUUUAUUCAGGUAUAUUAAAAAUAACAAUUUGUUGGAUAGAAUAACAUUAUUUUGCAGUUCUGAUAUAAACAAAAUACCAAACACGGAAAACUGGCUGAAAAUAAAUUUCGACUUUGUUAACAAACAAAUAAAAGAAAUGUUGUUCAGUCAACAAGCUGAAAUUAACAAAAUGUUUUUGUCUUACACUACCGAGUUGGAUAAUGUAAAAAAUAAACUUAACUCUCUUGUUGGUGAAAGUCGUCAAAUGUCAACAACGAAAAAAAAUGUCAACAACGAAAUUCCAACGACAAAUAACGCGCAGCAAGAUAACAUUCUACAGGACAAAAAUCUCUGGUCAAACAGAGUAACAACACCAGUGGAGAACUUACCGUUCAGUUUCGUACUGCGCAAAAACAAGCGUCCACGGUCAGACAACAGCAGCACCAAUCGCAGUGAAACCAAUAGCAACAACGCCAACCGUCAAAACAACAACAUCAUGAAAUAUUCAGAGGUUGCAAAAAAAGUUUCAAAUAAAAUUGUUGGAAACAAAGUCAGCAAUGAUUGCAAAUUGAAAGCGGAGAAACAGCUGAUAAAAAUCCACAAUGUUUUCAGAGUGUGUGUCGAAAGUUGUGACGCCAGCAAGAUGAAAGAUCCUGACAUCAUUUUGAAGCACAUCAUCGUUCGUGAGUGGCGCUUCAACCAGAAAAAACCCGAAAAAAGUAAUAAUGUGAAACAUGAUUAG